AUGACUUCAAGAUACAGGGUCGAGUAUGCGUUGAAGACGCACAGACGAGAUCAGUUUAUAGAAUGGAUCAAAGGGCUAUUGGCGGUUCCCUUCGUAUUAUACUCCCAGCCUACGGGUGUUUUUGAAGCCAAUGGGUUCAACGUGACACAUAUGUCCGAAGAGGCGCACAGGCGUUAUGCCGAGAUCAUGAGGGACGUCGAGGUGAUGAUUGAUGAUCACAUAACGCACCAAUUAAAUGCGAGCAGGGUCCCGUCUAAGCUCAAGCUCCUCGUCCCGACUAUAGGCAACUUCUUUACCCGGUUACCUCUAGAGGCCGCCUUCAAGUUCCAGGACCGCAAGCGAUAUAUUUCAUCUCGCCGCUUCGUCUCCCCCUCCUUUAACGAUGUGCGCCUCGUCCUCAAUACGGCCCAGCUCAUGGCCGUGACUACACAGAGCACCCUCCAGCUCGCCACUUUCGACGGAGACGUCACACUCUAUGAUGAUGGCGAGAGCUUGGAACCCACUAGCCCGGUGAUCCCGCGCAUGAUCGACCUCAUGCGCAAGAACGUCAAGAUCGGCAUCGUCACGGCUGCGGGCUAUACCAUGGCCGAACAGUACUAUGCCCGUCUGCACGGGCUCCUAGAUGCUAUUGCUAGUUCCACAGUCUUAACGCCGCAGCAGAGGCAAAACAUCGUCAUCAUGGGCGGCGAGGCAAACUACCUCUUCGAAUUCAGCCCCACGUCGCCUCAUCUGCUAUCCCCCGUGCCCCGGGAGCGCUGGCUGACAGCAGAAAUGGCAUCUUGGUCUGACGCAGGCAUCACAGCUCUCCUAGACGUAGCCGAAGCUGCCCUGCGCGAUAGCAUCAAGAACCUAAACCUGCCCGCGACUCUAAUGCGCAAAGACCGCGCCGUCGGCAUAAUCCCCAGCUCACCCACAGUGCGUAUCCCACGUGAAUCUCUCGAAGAAACUGUCCUAGUAGUCCAAAAGAUCCUAGAGCUCAGCGUAGGCGGGCGCGACUUCGACAACAAAGUAGUGCCGUUCUGCGCGUUCAAUGGUGGGCGAGACGUCUUCGUCGACAUCGGCGAUAAGAGCUGGGGUGUAUCCGUGUGUCAGCAGUGGUUCGGGGGCGACGGCGCGCGUACACGCAUCCGCCCCGAGCAGACGCUGCACGUCGGCGAUCAGUUCCUCAGCGCCGGCAGUAAUGACUUUAAGGCCCGUAGCGUCUCCACCACCGCCUGGAUCGCAAGUCCCGCCGAGACCGUCGAGUUGCUGGACGAGCUGGCCGGGUUUAUGGGCAAGAAGUUGAGCUAA